CAAAUAUAAAUAACCCGGAAAACCCGCUGGGUGGGGGCUUCAGAUGCAUCACCUCCACACACACAAAAAGCCUGCAUCGUGGAGUGGAUAAGGUGCUGCAACACUAAGAUCUCGUGUGUUCACGUGCGUAGAAAUACAACAAAUCCGCAUUCGUCACCAAAAAUUGACUGAAAUCAAAUCAUCUCCUAAUUACACUAACCAUAACUAAUCAUAAUUUUCUUCAGGAAAGCGGCUUGGAUAUGCAGACAAAAGAUUUAAAGAACAAAUGUUCUAAUAUUUUACUUUAAGGGGACCAAAUCAGAAAUUGACAGAAGCGCAAUCCUGACUUCAGCGCGUCUGUCCUCCGCCCUCGCCGUUUGUUUUAGCAGGUCUAGAUAAUAUGCAGCAAUUUAACAACAAUUUUGCUGCCUCAGCAUGACUCCUAAAUUCACAUGACCAUUACAAAAGAGUCAUCGGGUUGUUAAUUUUGCAUAAACACGGGCGCGUUUACUAGAAAAAAAACUGUUUUUGGUUUUUAAAACAAAUGCCAAAAUUUAUUUAUUUUUUCUUGAAAACACCUUAUAUUCUUAUCAAUGCAAAAAGUAAAACAAAUUCAAAAGAUUAUGGCCAUUAUCUAAUAUAUUUGUUGGGAAAAGCAGCUUGGAGAAAAGCAAAGCGCUUUAGGAGGCACACGAUAAAAUAAAGGAAGUUUACAAGAAUGUAGUUUAUUUUUGCAGCGUGUCUUUUUUGGAAUAAACAGCAAAGAGAGUAUACACAAAUAUACUGUAGUAGUUUUCACUAUAUGCUUAUUCUUUCUGUAAUUCAGCAAAAAAUCUGUUUUUUUUCCUCUUCUGCUCCCUCCAAUGAAACAACAGCGUUCCCCCUUUAGUACUGAAUUGUAAAGUACUGUAAUGGUGGGGUGUGAGAGGGGGUGGGGAUGGAUUAUCCAUUUUUAUUGCAUCACCUGUCAGCGGCGUCCAAUGGGCGUUGACUCCGCCAGCAUUAAUUGAUGAAGGUGUCUCCUCACUGGCCCACCUCCCCUCCCUGGUCAUUUCAUUUGCAGCUCCGCCAGCAGCAAAGAAAGCAGCUGCAUUUUAGCUUUCAUUCUGUUUCUCCCUGUCUCUGAUUCUGUAUCUCUCCCAGUCUUUCUCCCUCCUCCUCCACCUCCCCACCCUCUCACUCCCUCUCUCCCUCCCUCGUCUUUGCUAUUUUACCCAUCUGGCCGAAGCAGUGGUGUACACUUACCCCCUCGUCCUGCUGCCGAACAGAGAGGGGAGUGGAGCCAGUGGAGGCAGGUAUCACGGCGGUCCCGUCGCAUUCCUCCACCAUGCUGGAUCGGGGCGAGAGGCGAGGAGAUGAUGCUGCCGGCUCAUUAUCUGACGGCACCGUUUAAAUUUGCAUGCCAAACUUUGCGUUUUCAUGACGCAGCAGCAGCAGCAGAGGGGUGAAUGGAUUAAAGGUAUGAGCAGGAUGCCUUGAGUUCAAGAGCCCCUACCAUUCACCGUUACAUCUAUAGGCUGAUCUGAGAGGGACUACAUGGCUUCAUAGAUGCAUAAUGGGAGACUUGGAGUGUGGCUUUGAGGAAAUGCAAGGAGUGAGAUUGGGAUACCUGCUCAUCCAAGGGAAACAGAUGUUUGCUUUGUCUCAGGUCUUCACCGACCUUCUGAAGAACAUCCCUCGGACCACGGUGCACAAGCGCAUGGACCACCUGAAGGUGAAAAAGCACCAUUGCGACCUGGAGGAGCUGCGGAAGCUCAAAGCAAUAAACUCCAUCGCCUUCCAUGCUGCUAAAUGCACUCUCAUAUCGCGGGAGGAUGUGGAGGCUCUGUACUUCUCCUGCAAGACGGAGCGGGUGCUGAAGUCUACCAAAAGAAAAGCUGCGUGUUCCCCCGAGGACGAGGAUGCGUCCACGGGGCUCAUCCGUGCGGACACCGAACUGUGGAAAGAAAAAGUUUGGUUCAGUUUGCACGGAGUCCCGGAGACCAUCACGCUUCACAACAAACCCGACCAGAGGAGAGAGCUGACUCCUUGCCUUAGCGACUCUAAACUACCUCAAUUUUACCACAAAGCCCACGAGAAGGAUUACCGUUCGGGACUGAAGUCUAAUCACAAACACUUUCAAAACUACGAAACUGAAAAAUUGUCAGGGAGCCGCGUAAAUCAGAGCCAAAAGCAUGCGUUUUUCCGGAGCGCAGUGAGCCGGCAGCCGGUGGUGUUUCAGUCCGCCAUAGCGCACUCCAAGCUCUAUCGCUCUGCCGGCGACUUGCUCCACAAAAGGAGGAGGAGGCGUGAGGGGGGCGGCGGCAGGGACGGCGCAAGACACUCGUGGGGCAGGAGCAGACACUCGCAAGUUCCCUCCGUGCUGCUUUUCCAACCGAAAUCCUCCGCGUCCUUCAGCGCGUUCCACCUCAGUCCGGAUUUCUACGUGGGCUCGCGGCCUCACCAGCAUCACCACCACCACCAUCAUCAUCACCACCACCACCACCAUCUCGAGUCAAGCUUUCCGGAGAGUUACAGCAGCGACUCAGAAUCCAGCACCUACUCUGACAGGGCCUGCCCGGACUCGGACUUUGGCUCCGGUUUCUCCACUAGCAGCAACUCAGGGAGCUCCGAGGAAGAAGAGGAGGAAGAUGACACGCCGUCAGAAAGUUCAGAGGUCAGCUCAGAGGAUGACAGCUCUUCUCAGUCCGACUCCAGCUCGGUUUCGAGCCGGGUUUCUAUGCAGAGCAUCCGCUUUAGAUGCGCUCGGGUGGGUUCUCUCGCCAAAAAUCAGAGUUCUGUUAAAGCCCCUUUGGUCCUGCAGCCCACCUUUCACUACAGCCAGCAGCUACAGGAGCAGCAGCAGCGCAAGACUCAUCAUGCUGAUCCACAAAUAAAUCCCUUAAAAAGUAGUGAAACCAGACCGGAAACGAGACCCCUGCAGACCUGCGGAUUAACCUGCACUGUUUUGGACAGCUUUACGGCAGAACCCACAAAUGAAAGGUGCGAGUUGGAUCCAAAUCAACCUGCAGAUGACCUGCUCCUGUCUUCAGCAGGACAGGAGCGGCGAAAGGCCUCCCACUCUUCCCGCAAGGCACUGGGGCAUACCGCAUGGUGCCUCCCGGGACUGAGCACCCAGUCCGACUCUAAUAAGCCCCAAAAAUGUGUCGACAAAACCAGCAGCGUGAAAGAACCAUCUCCCAACAAAAAGAUUAAGGUCGAGUUGGAUGAAUCCACCGUGGCCCCCCAUUUGGACAGUGGCAGAACAGCUGGGACACCCCCCUUUAACCUCUGCAAUGUGAAAGUUAAAGUGGAGGAAAACUGUGACGAAUAUGAAUAUCAGAGCCAGACCACUGUGGUCAAAUGUAAAAGAGAUAAGACAGAGGGGGGGAAUGGUCAGAGUCCCGCCAUCAAACAAGGAGACUUUUUUAAAAGCGGGAUUAAAGUCACUGAGAAAAGCCCUGAUGUGGCCCCCAGGUCCCCCUGCGGUCCUCAGGAAUGCAGGAGUAAGCAGGAUUCCCCUUGUCUCGAGGAGGGGGAGCUCAAGAACAAAAGCUGCCGGGCUCCGGUGCAGGGGAACAAGAAACUCAAAGGUUUGAGGACGCAUUCGAAGCAGAACCUUCUCGGAGCCAACAGGGCAGCUUCUUCCUCCUCUUCCUCUUCUUCACCUCGUCUCGCGGGCUGUGACGAGACAUCAACGGAGGAUUUACCGAGCAGACGCAAACGCAGCACUGUUGUAUCACCCGCAAAAACUGCUUUCAGCCUGAUGGCAAAUUUCCCAACUCCUCCGUCGCUGAUCGUUGGCAGCGACGGGGAUUUGUGUCCUGCUUACUCCCUGAACUCGCUGAGGGGCCCCGGGCCUCCCCCUCCGUCCCACCCCGUGUGGAGGUGGCGGCCAGGCGGCCAGGUUCUCCCUCCCCCACUGCACGCUCACAGAACUAGGAAAUACUGAGGUGCUUAUGAAAGAAAACUAAAGCCAGAGUGCACCCCGACCCGCGCUCUGCCUUACACGGAAGUGAGCGCAGAGUGCGAGCAAAAUGCUGAUUUUCCCUUUCCUCUACAAAUGAUUUUUAAAUCUCAGAAUGGAUUUACACUCUGCUUUGUUUUGAAGUGGGAUGAGGGAAAGCCUCACAAUCCUGUUCGGAGCUUCUGAACGCCCAAGAGACUGCGAGACUGAGGAUUCAAAAAUGUUAUUUAAAAAGCAACCUUUUUUUGCUUCCCAAUUAUUAUUAUUAUUUUUAUUUUAUUUUAUUUUUUACAUUUUAUUUAGGUUCUUCUCAAUGUAUUUUAUGUUUGAGUUUCAUAGGUUUGGGUUUAAAUUGUAAUAUUAUUAAAAAAAGCUUUUUAAAAUCUACAUUUUAAUAGGCAGGCUCUGUUUGACUUAGAAAAAAAAAAUGUUUUUUGAAGUGGGAAAAGCAAGAGUUCCCAAUUUGUGCCACGUGAUGGUCUAUAUUUUUUAAUUGAUUUUUUUUCUAUGGCAGGCAGAUAAUUAUUUAUAUAGAAUAUUUUCAUCCAUUUAUUUUUCUUGCAUGUCCUAUGGUGCUCUGAUUUUUUUUUAUUUUAAUUUUUUUCUGCUGUGUUUUGCUAACAUGUUAGGGGCAUAAAGACGCUGCUCCAGACGCAACAAAGGCCUUAUGUACACAGACAAUCAAACGCGGGAAUCCGUGCCUCUCUGGAUCCUUGUCUCCUCCACCACGUUCAGUUUGUGCCCUGGAUGCGUUUGGAGCGCGUAAAAUAUUCAAUACAUUGCAGAAACUGUUAUGCCCGAACUGUGAUUUGCUGCGAGUGAGGGGAGGGUGAGGGGAGGGAGGGGGACAAAAACAGCACGGAAAGUGCGUAAAGAAACACCUCGUAACCACUUUGGGUUUUACAAAAACAAUACCACAAAGCACAGGAGAAGAGCUCGCAUGCUUUGCACUUUGAUACUGUUUUGUUUCAGCUUUGAGGGGUUUUAAUGUGAAAUGUAUCUGAGGCGGAAGCUUAAAGAUGAGACUGUGUAGCCAAAUGGAUUUCAUUCGAUUAUUUGUUGUUUUGCUUUAUUUUGAGGUUCAUCCAUUUGUAAGCUGCUGACAACUUUAAAAAAAAUGCUACUUUUUGUUUGGUCUCUACAGCAUCCCAUCCCACCGUCAGGUUUUCUGGAAUGUCCCUAUUUGUUCAAUGCAUCCUGAAUGUAAAGCGGCCCUGACCUGCUCCAUGUUGUCUUUAUCUCCAGCUCCAGUGUACAUACCUUUAAAUGAAGGGGUCGGAGCUGCAACAACAUUCAGGCAUUUUGAGCGCCUACGUCAUUGGCAGUGCAGGAGGCGCCCUGCUAAUUGGCAUGCUUUUCUGUCAGCCACAAAGAGAGGCCCCAGCUUAUGGUGAGCCAGAUCACAACAAACUCAAAAGCCCCUGAAUGAUGUCAGCCUCCUCACAAGCACAGAGAAUUGUAGAAACUAUUGGGUUUGGGAUUGUUUAGAAACAAAAAAAAGAGAGAAUGGGGGAAAUUAAAUGCUAAAAAAAGUGCAUUUUACUCUGCUUUUAUGGUGUGGGUACUUGUUGUUCAUGUAAUUGCAGCCCUAAAUCACCGUGAGCCUUAUUUUUGAGGCUGGAACUCAAACUUGAACUUAUGUAGGGUUUUUCUCAGCCUCUGGACGCUGUGGCACAAGCUCCUUUUCAAGCAGGGUAGCAGUAAAACGGAGGGGGUUGCAUAGGGAGACAUGGGGGAGGGGGGGGGGUUGCUGUGUUGCCAGAGCGAAGCUUUCAACCUUUAAUCCGCAUGUCAAAAGCAAAUGCAGCCCUGCAUAGGAAGAAGGGGGAACAGCCAGAAACCAGAAGCUGCCAGACUCGGCCUCCCCGGUGCAGCAGCCCCAUUCUCACCCGGAGCUCACAAAGCCCGGACCAGGGAGAGAGUGGUCUGCUGGGGAGGCCCUUGCAUCCUUAAGACAAAUGGUUCUCUGACAGUGACACUAUCAAUGCAAACAAUCGCAUGGUGCAGCAUCUAAGAGGCUUCAUGCUCCUCACCACUGUCCCCCCAUCCACUCCCCCUCUGCCCGGCCCUCCUCAUUAAUUCAUUUAUUUCCCUUUUUUUGUAAACAAUACUUGAGGUCAGGUUUUUGACAUGGAUUUUGAAGUCACUGGUUGUUUAUAUGAAACUGAAUAUUUAUUUUUGUGAAUUUUACUGCAGUUUUUCUUGUAUAUUGAUGUGUAUGUUGAACUUUGGAGAGUUGCAUUCAAAGGUGAAACUUGAAGGGUGGAUUUUUGUUGUGAAGCACUUUCCCUCUCUUUUCUGAUAAUGGGACACUCAUUAAACGGGAAUAAGUGUAACCAUC